AUGGCCGCCUCCACCAUGUCUGUCUGCUCUGACGCUCCCACCAACUCCUCCUGGCAGGUGGACGACUGCCCAGAGAGCUGCUGUGAGCCCUGCGGCUGUGCCCCCAGCUGCUGCCAGCCCAGCUGCUGUGUUCCUUGCUGUGCCCCCAGCUGCUGUGCCCCCAGCUGCUGUGCCCCCAGCUGCUGUGUCCCCAGCUGUUGCCAGUCCAGCUGCUGUGCCCCAACCCCUUGCCUCCUCUGCACCCCAGUGAGCUGUGUGUCCAGCCCCUGCUGCCAAUCUUCCUGCUGCACACCCUCAUGCUGCCAGCAGUCUAGCUGUGAGCCCUCUUGCUGCACCUGCUCCCCCUGCCAGCAGCCCUGCGGUGUGACCCUUUGCUGCAGGCCUGUGUGCUGCACACCCAUCUGCUCUGAAUCCUGCUGCCAGCAGUCUAGCUGCCAGUCCUCCUGCUGCCAGCCCUCCUGCUGUGUGCCUGUCUGCUGCAGGCCUGUGUGCUGCACACCCAUCUGCUCUGCCUCCUCCUCCUCCUGCUGCUGCCAGCCCUCCUGCUGUGCUCCUGGGUGCUGCAGGCCUGUGUGCUACAAGCCCUGCUCCAGCCUGUCCCUGCUGUGCCGCCCUGUGUGCAGACCUGCCUGCUGUGUGCCCACCUCCUCCUGCUGUGCCUCCUCCUGCCAGCCCAGCUGCUGUCGCCCAGCCUCCUGUGUGUCCCUGCUGUGCCGCCCUGCCUGCUCCAGACAGGCCUGCUCUGGACACAAGUCCACCUGCUGA